GUCAGUGUAACAAAUUUCGUAAGUCCGAUAGGCAAAAGUCAAUUUGUCAGUUUGAUUAAAAGUAUACAAUUAGGGCCGGCCCUUGUUAAUCAAGGUUUACAAUUCGUUACGUAUGCACAAAAUUGAAUAGUUCUCAUAGGCUUCCGAAUAGUCUCAUUAGUGAUUCGGAGAACACCCUACAAAUAUACAGCUUGUUACAUAAAGCAUGCACCCCUUACGUGAACGAACAUGCGACGCUCUUCUGGAGAAUCCCGCGUUGAGAACACCCCCGCCUGAACCGGAAAAGCCGAAGCCGCCACGAAUUCGCAAACCUCGUGAAUUCAAACUUCCUCCAAGAUUUCCCUUAUUAUCAAAAGAAUUCUACGCUUGUUGGUGUAACCAUCAAAAAGAGCUUCAAUUGGCCAAGCACAAGAUAGACGAUAGUCCGCCCGAGCUAUUCCCGGAGUUAUACUUGAAGCCGCGCCGCUUAGACUACUAUGCACGACAGCUCGAAGAGAAUAUGAAUGUUAACAAGGAACUGCUUAAAAGAAUAAAUCUCAUACAAAGGACUGGAGGGUUUGUCGACUGCUGGAUGCGACCUGAACCGACUAAUACAUACAACAAACUUCUGUGCAAGCAGCGUCAACGGAACCUCGAUGAAAUCCGGAAAAAUAACCUUUACUUCUAUUCGAGACUUCUUAUUGCCAGAUCCGAACAGCCCCUCACAAAGGAAUUAGAAGAGCAUUGGAAGGAGACAAAACACAAAUUAAUCUUGGGUGCUUCAUUGCCAUUUAUUCUGUUCAAAACUGAAAAGAUUGAUCGUGAUAUUCGAGAUCCAAGCUUUGACCGGCCGUUGAACGUUUACCGAACUAAAGUCUCUAUGGAAGUUUGGGUGGUGGGCGGGUCCAAGAUUGGAAAAGUAACUAUAGAACUCUUCAAUGAUAUAGUUCCAAAAACUUGUCAGCUUUUCUUGAGUCUUGUGAGAGGUGACCCCUUCGGUCACGCAUACGCAGGGACGAGAUUUUUCAGGAUUGUGCCCGACUUGUACUGUCGAGGCGGGGACGUCAUUAAAGAUAACGGAUUCGGCUGCUAUUUACCAGAAGGGCAAACAGAACCUAUGGGUGUCGAGUGCUACCGUCUCAAGCACACUGUGCCCGGUGUACUAUCCAUGGUUGUAAGUUCUGAUAACGAAGUGUGCGCACAGUUCAAUAUAAUAUUCAAGCCGCUACCACAAUUCGAUGGCAAACACGUUGUUUUCGGCAGAAUUAUAGGGGGACCAGCACAGGCUUUAGAGCGUAUCAGUGCUCUUGGGCUCCCACUGGGCACCACGACGUCAGACUGCGUCAUAAGGAACUGCGGAUGGUUCACUCGCUCCGGACAAUACCGAGAAGGAAACCAGAACACCAUCAAAUUCCCUCCGAGACGUAAAGUAAAGGCAUGAUGAAAUGUACGUCUUAUGCUCGAUCUAUGUCGUACGUGUUUUCAAAUCUCUGCGAGAAGCAAAAUUUCGGCGACGAAUGUUUGCGAGUAAAAAAAUAUUUACCACAAAAAGUUUAAUAAAAACACGUCAUCGUAA